GCCCCGUGUGAUGCGGAGAGCGGCGGCGGCGGCGCGGCCCUUCCCGGUGGAGAACCGCGGUCGGGUGCGGGUGCGGCCCCGCCGGGAUCCCGGGGGUUCCGGUGGGUGCCGCCCGGGAUGUCCGCUCCGGCGCAGCCCGCGGCUCCCGGCUCCUUCCAGAGCCCCCGGAGGCUCCCGAAGCGCAAGAGCCGGUUCAAGCGCUCGGAUGGGAGCACCUCGUCCGACACCACCUCCAGCAUCCUCCGCAGGCAGGGCUCGGCGGACUCCUACACCAGCCGCCCGUCCCUGGACUCCGACGUGUCCCUGGACGAGGACCGGGAGGGCGCCCGGCGCGAGGUGGAGAACCAGGCCCAGCAGCAGCUCGAGAGGGCCAAGCACAAGCCGGUCGCCUUCGCUGUGCGCACCAAUGUCAGCUACUGCGGGGCGCUGGACGAGGAGUGCCCGGUGCAAGGAGCCGCCAUCAACUUCGAAGCCAAAGAUUUCCUGCACAUCAAGGAGAAAUACAGCAAUGAUUGGUGGAUUGGACGCCUAGUGAAGGAGGGGGGGGACAUCGCCUUCAUCCCCAGCCCCCAGCGCCUGGAAGCCAUGAGGCUCAAGCAGGAGCAGAAAGCCAGGAGAGCUGGCAACGCCUCAGGCCUCGGCGACAGCGGGAGCCGGCGAUCGCCUCCCCCCUCCUUAGCCAAGCAGAAGCAGAAGCAGACACAGCACAUCCCACCCUACGACGUGGUCCCCUCCAUGCGGCCCGUGGUGCUGGUGGGGCCCUCGCUGAAAGGAUACGAGGUCACGGACAUGAUGCAGAAAGCUCUGUUCGACUUCCUCAAGCACAGAUUCGAUGGGAGGAUCUCCAUCACCCACAUCACGGCUGACCUGUCCCUGGCCAAGCGCUCCAUCCUCAACAACCUGGGCAAGCAGGCGAUCCUGGAGCGCUCCACCACCCGCUCCAGCAUCGCCGAGGUGCAGAGCGAGAUCGAGCGCAUCUUUGAGCUGGCCAAGUCCCUGCAGCUUGUGGUGCUGGAUGCCGACACCAUCAACCACCCGGCCCAGCUGGCCAAGACCUCCCUGGCGCCCAUCAUCGUCUAUGUCAAGGUGUCCUCACCCAAGGUCCUGCAGCGCCUCAUCAAGUCCCGCGGCAAGUCCCAAGUGAAGCACCUCAACGUGCAGAUGAUGGCAGCCGACAAACUGGUGCAGUGUCCCCCGGAGCUGUUUGAUGUGAUCCUGGACGAGAACCAGCUGGAGGACGCCUGCGAGCACUUGGCCGAGUACCUGGAGGUCUAUUGGCGCGCCACACAUCACCCUCUGCACGCCGCGCACGCCGCUCCAUCGCCCCCGGGGCUGCCGGGGCUGCAGAGCCAGCAGCUGCUGGGGGAGCGCGGGGAGCACUCGCCGCUGGAGCACGAGAGCCUGAUGCCGUCGGACGAUGCCGGGGAGAACUCGCCCCGGCCGUGGGGGGCCGCGUCCCAGCGCAGCUCCCGGCACCUGCAGGAGGAGGAGGAGGAGGAGGAGGAGGGGUUCGGGGACCCCUACCCCGACCUGUACCAGCCCCACCGGCACCACAACAGCGGGAUGCAGGGCGCCGGCACCCCCGAGCGCCAGAGCGAGCGCAACCACGACAGGAACUGGCAGCGGAGCCGGCCCUGGGCCAAGGACAGCUACUAGGGGAGGGCAGGGAAGGAAGGGGGGGGGCCCGGCUGGGCAGCGGCCGCCCCCCCCCCAGCCCCGCACUGGGGGUGCUCAGACAAUCUCCCCCCUCUCGGGGGCCUCCUAGGGGGGCGUCUUCAGCCAUAAGCACAGGGGGCGGGGGGGGCCAGGGGACCCCCCUGCCCCUUCCCCAGGGACCGGGGCUCAGCCACGCAGCUUCUCCCUGCCUCAGUUUCCCGUCCCCAUCCGCUGCCAUGGAAACAGGGGCCAGGUCAUGGGGGGGGGCAGGGUGAGCAGCACAGACCCAAAUGAAGGGGAAGGUGCCCCCCCCUUGUCCCUCCCCAGGCCCAGCCUGUCCCACCCCCCCCCGCAUGGGACCCCCGGCAUGACGGGGCUGCACCAAUCGCUUUGCUCUGCACCAAGUUCCCCCUAUCCCGGCCACUGCAAACCCCCCCCCCACUGGGGAUGUGGAUGGGAGGGGGCAGCCAGACCCUGCCCACGGCCGGGGGGGGGCACCCCCUGCCUGCACUCACUGCCCCAUCCCUGCUGUCCCUGUAGCUGCCACCGCACGUCACCGCACAGAGUCCUGUAAAUACAGCAUCCCCCCCCCCGGGGGCUGCUCGAUGAGACCCCCCCCCCCCGGGGCCCUUCGCAGGGAGGGGAUGGGGGGGCACAGAUUUGUUAUAAUUUCUUUUGUAGAAAGCACUGAUUUCCCUGUAACCAGUUUCAGAAACACGAGAGUGCUCCGA